AUGAAUGAUGGUAUCAACCUUGACUCGCUAAGCAUUGGGGAUGAAGGCGUACUCUAUCCAAAGAAUUUAAAUUUUAAAGGAAAACGCAAGAAGCUUUUGUACACAAGGGACACAAGCCAACACAUUACAUCAGGCCGAAGUAAUCAAUUUGGACUUGAAGAAGCAAAUGAGACAAUGCCUUCUGUGUUCUGGCGGGCUAGUAGCAACACGGUUGAAGUCGGUGACCUUUCGGAAACAACAACAUACCAAGAUGCUGUCAGCGGACCGGACCAAAUUCAUUGGCGCAUGGCGGUUCGUACGGGACUGGAUUCAAUGAAACUUCGUGGUGUGUUUUGUGCUGCCAAGCUUCCAACUGGACAGCAAGCUAUUGAAACCUAG